AUGGAGACCGUCAAGAACGCCGCCAACUACGUCGCCGAGACCGUCCAGGGCACCGGUGCCGAGGCUUCCAAGGAGGCCAACAAGAACGUCGCCAAGGACAACGACGCCAACGUCAGCACCCGCGCCAGCGCUGCCAAGGAUGCCCUCUUCGACAAGAAGGAUGAGGUGUCCCACGACUCCAAGGCCGAUGUCCACAAGGAGGCUGCUAAGCACUAA